UUUUGAGUUUUUAUCACUGUGUUUUGAAACGAAGAAUCUUGACGUGUUUAGCUCAUAUUUAUCAUGGGUAAAGAAUUGAUUACAAAUCAUGCUGUGUUGAUUUCAAGCCAACCCAAAAGAAAAAGAUCAGAGACUGAACGAACUGCCAAAAAACAUGCCAAAAAUAAAAGACAAAAGUCAAAGAGAGCAGCUUCUCCUACAUCCAGUUAUCUGUCAAUGAGGACAGACUGUUCAAUGGAUCCACCAACCAACUUUAAAGGUGGAGAGACAUUUCCUUUGCAUUCAAGGAUUAAGAGAAAACGAGAGACUUCACCAGUCACUGGUUAUAUUUCACUGAAAAGUGACAACCCAAUGAACGUUUCAAAAGGCAUUGCAUCUGACUUAAAAGUAAGAGCAGCUUCUCCUACAUCUGCCUGUUUGCCUUUGAAGACAGACUGGUCAAUAGAUCCACCAACCAACUUCAAAGCUGCAGAAACUUUCCCAUUGGAUCCAAGACUUCUGACAGAGCAAGACUUAAGGUGUCGAGUUUGCAAAUCGAUGUUGAAGGACCCAGUGUCCAUCCCCUGUGGACACAAUUACUGCAACGCUUGUAUUAAUGCAUUCUGGGACAAUUGUGCAGGAGAAUAUGUUUGUCCACACUGUGGUAAAGCAUCAGAAACACGGCCAGUGCUGAACAUAAAUGCAGAUCUGGCUGAGGUGGUUAAAUACAAGCAGCAGACAGGCUUCAGUCCAGCCCUUCCACCACAACCCUAUGCCGGACCAGAGGACGUGGCCUGUGAUUUCUGCUCUGAGACCAAAUUGAAAUCUGUGAAGUCUUGUUUGACUUGUAACGCGUUCCUCUGUGAGACUCACGUCAGGCAACAUUACACAAUACCAGCACUACAGAAACACACAUUGUCUGACGUGACUGGAGACAUUAAGACGAGACCCUCAGAGCAAUGUCAGAACUCGGACAACAGCUUCAGUAGCACUGCCGGCGGACAACAGCAUCAUGCAGAUAUAAAGGAGAUGGCAGUCGCUGCCAAGCUUCAGACACGUCUAAAAAGAUCUGCAAAAACCUUCAGACCUAAAACAAAAGAAAAAAAAGAUCAUGUUAGAAAAAUUGCGCUUAUGUGCUCCACACUACAGCAAGAGGUUUCAGGGCUCAAAGAAAAACUCUCAAAGUUAGACAAGAAGAAUACAAAGACAGAAAAAUAUGAGGAUGAAGAGGAAUAUGAUGAUGAGGAGGAUGACUUUGGAGAGGAAGAAGAUGAUGAUGAUGAUGAUGAUGAUGAUGAUAAUGAUUAUGAGGAUUAUGGAGAUUAUGGUGAUGAUGGUGAUGACAAUGAGGACUAUAGUGAGAAAGAUUAUGAUGCAGAGAAUGAUGAAGAAGAGGAGGAUGAUGAAGAUGGUUUAGAUAGUUUUGAUGAUGAGGACGGAAACAAAGAUGAUUGGGAGGAAGAUGAUUGGGAAGACUAUGAAGACAAGGAAGACUAUGAUGAUGAGGACAGUUCGGAGAAAGAUAGCGAUGAGGAUUAUUAUGAUACGGACUAUUAAUCAUCUCUGCUUACAAUGACUAUUGUUUUUCUUAAUAUGCAUAUCUUUUUGCAAAGACAUUUCAAAGCAUUUCAGUGGGAAAUAAUUACAGUUAAAA